GCUCAAGUUUCAAUGUCUGCUGUUUCGUUCCCUCUCGUCUACCUUCUUUCUCAGGUUCCCUCAAGCUUUUGCCCGCUUCUCGAGCUGCAGGCUUUGAUCCAUUGCUAACUCGCUUGACUACUCCAGGCUCGAAGCACACGUUCUCAACCGCGACGCGAGGCCCUCCCCACCAUCCCUGACCAUGCUAGUGGCCGUUGAUCGACGCACCUCUCGAGCUUGUUGUUCGGAUGCCACUUGAGGCAGGGACGCGCCAGGUGGAAACAACAUGGAUCCCAUGGAAGAAGACACAACAGGAGGAAACCGUAACCCCCUUCCUCUGUGGUUACCGCCGCCGGGGUCCACGUCGAGCGGGAACAACACAACAGCACUUUCUCCAGGGACGUCAGCUGUGCCGGCGGGGUCCGCUGCGGCGCCGAAUGCAUCGAAGAGAAAGAGAGGCCUCGGCGUUGUGACACCCAAUGCCUGUACCGAGUGCCGCAAGAAACGCGCAAAGUGCGACGGACGUAAACCUUGCGGCAGGUGCAAGGGACAGAAGGACGUCGAGUGCGUUUAUGAGAUCCCGGUCCGCCAAUCGAAGGAGAAUUUGCGGCACGAGAUCGACCAGCUCCGGCGCCAGCAACGUAACAAUGAGCAAGUCAUUGCCGGCCUCGUCCGCCCGGACCUUUGGGAAGAGGUUCUCGCGCGCCUACGCAGCGGCCAGAGCGUGGACUCGAUAUCGGACUGGCUUGGAGGGGCCAUGCCUUCGGGCGGCGGCGCGCUACCCUCAAUCAGUCGGCUGCUGAACCAAGGGAGUGCCGCUCCACCCGGGCAUUCUAGUUAUGGCUCUGGCGCGCCGAGCAGCUACGCGCCGCACCCUCCCGGCCCAAGUGCGCUUAGCCCAGUCCCCGGCCAGCAGCAGCGUGGCAUCCGGCACGACGCGGAUCACCAGAGUCCCUGGGGAGGUCACUUCUCCAGUGGGAGUAACCCGACGCCGAGUGGUUCCCAUCCGGACACAGCGAAUUGGAACCCGGAAAUUGUCAGGACCGCUCAGUCGCGAGUUGGCACAUGGGUUGAGAGUCAAGUCGACGAUUCCGAGGCGGGAAGAGGGCGCGGCUAUGGGCAUAUCUUGCUCCCCGAGAUUCCCGAAAUGCAGGUUCCUCCGGGGACGUGGACGACAAUAACCAGCGACGCGGGGCUGGUGCAGCAUCUAUUAGCUCUCUAUUUCUGCUGGGAGUAUCCAACUUUCGCCUCGCUCAGCAAGGAGCACUUCCUCAAGGAUUUCAUGGAGGGUAGACCUCGGUUCUGCUCCUCCAUCCUCGUCAACGCGCUACUGGCCUUAGGAUGCCGCUUCUCGAGCCAGCCGAACACGCGAUCCAACCCGGACGACCCGCACACGUCGGGCGACCACUUCUUCAAGGAGUGUCAGCGCCUAUAUUACCAGGAACACAACCAUCACAAACUCACCACUAUUCAGGCCUUGGGGAUAAUGUCUAUAAGAGAGGCUAGCUGCGGCAGGGACUCGGAGAGCUGGUAUUACGCCGGCCAGAGCAUCCGACUGGCCAUUGAAAUGGGUCUUCAUCGGCUGCAGGACGAUGGCAAAGAUGAUGACGAAAGCGCAGUUCAGGCGGCUACUUUUUGGGGAGCUUUCGCUCUGGACCACGCAUGGUCAUUGGCAACGGGCUCGCUCCCUCAAUGCUCGUGUUUCCCUCGCCUUCCACCAAAGCCUGCGAUAAUAGACGAUAUCGAGGCAUCACUGUGGAUUCCGUAUACGGAUGACGGUAAACACGCCCCUUUUCAGAUGCCUCUCCUUCCGGAACUGAGUGGAUCACCAGGCGCGCCACUCCAGCGGUCCUGUGAGCAGCCGUCCAAUGUGCGGUCUGUGUAUAAAUGCUUCUGCGAACUUAGCGAGCUUGUUCACGAGUCAUUGUACAUUCUGCAUUCACCUGGGCGGCCACUCACAAGUCGAGAUCUGCUCACUAUUUAUACUCAAUACCUGAACUGGUACGACAAGAUACCGGAGGUGCUACGAUUGGGCCACAACUUUACCCCGGCCGUCUUGUUUGCACACAUGUACUAUCACUUUGCCAUACUCCUCCUCUUCCGUCCUCUUAUCAAACUCCGCAUCAUCGGGUCCAGCAUAUCCCCGCGCGAUGUCUGCUCACAAGCAGCGGAUGCCAUCACUGGGCUGUUGCGCUCGUAUGCACAACUUUACACACUAAGACGGACCCCGUCGUUCGUCCCAUAUUUCGUCCUCACCUCGUCGAUCAUGCAUCUAGCCAUAGCCGCAGCAGGCUCCAGCUCCCGAUCAGUCAUCAAAGAAGGGAGCGACGCGGCGCAGGCCGACCAGCCCCCACGAGGACCAGCCGCGCUGAAUCCCCACGUUAUCGACGCCCUCAGCCGGGGAAUCGCAGAUCUCACCGAGAUGGCGCCGUGCCAUCAUUUUGCAGAACAGGCACUCAACAUCCUAACAUUCCUAGCUAAAAAGUGGAACAUUGACGUCGAGAUCAAGACCAAGAUUGACGAUGAGCCCCGCGAGGUGGCAUUGGCCGAAGUAGACAAGUCCACGAGGCCGGUGGCGACCAGCCUUAAUUUCUUCGCCCCCAACUUCUUGGAAUCCGACUUCAACUCGACGUGGGGCAGCGGCACGGCAUCGGGGUCGGGCGCGGACACGAAGCCCGGCAGCAGGCCCACCGACGCCGCAGACCUGGCGGAUGCGCUGGAGAACCCGCUGUUCUGGCCGUUCCCGAUGCAGGGCCGUCCCAUGCUGCCGACGGGGAAGGAGCUGGAGGAGGCUGGGUUCGAGUUGUUCUGACCACUUCAGACGAACGACGCGCUGCCGGCAACGUCAUUUCCAGCAAAGCUACGUUACUGUCCGUUUUAUAAUCUUAGCGGGC